AUGCCUCGAGCGUCCGCCCCGGGCAAGCGACAGCAAGGCGCCUCUUCAGGUCACCGCGAUUCGAAACACGACAAUGGGCUUGUGAGUCCUGCGAAGCGCAACUCUGGUAGAAAGAGUCAUGGCCAACUCGACGGCUCUGCGAGGUCCGCUGACCAAAACGCAGGCCACGCAGGGCCGUCCCCAUCGCCACCUCUUCUCCCGCUGCAUGCCACUCGUGCCAAUGGACCGCCAUCCAAGAACAGCCCUGACGCGGGCCUCGAAGCUGGCUCUGGCGACUUCAUGAGAAGAGAUUCACUUGGCACCUACUCCGAAACCUCGUCCGAUUCAAGCCAUUCCCACGCUGGUGCCAAUGGCCACUCCGCCAGCGAACCUGGCCACCGCCAGAUCGACCUCAAUGCGAUGAAAAAUGUUGACGUACACAAGGAUUCCGGCCCUAUAGAAAUGGCCGUCACGGUUGUCAAGUCUUUGCCUUUGCAAGACACACUAGCCAUUCUCAUCAUCCUCAUGCACGUCCCCUACAUGUCUCUCUCCUUCAUCUAUGCAUUUUUUGCCCUGGUCACCUUUGUGCCACCCGUAACUACUAGGACUGGUAUGAAUAUCAACUUGGCCGAGAUCUUGGACAGCCACUCUCAUACUCUAAACUUUGUCACAUUACUAUGCAUAGAUUUCUUCUUCUUUCUGAUAUGGGUGUUUUUGUGGCAACCCAUACAGGACGGUAUCCUCGAGUUCGCGAAGCCAGUCAUUGCGAUCACUCUUGGUGGAGGCACCAAUGCAAAGGAUGGCACCUCGAGGGGCGUUACUACAUGUUUUACUUGGAUACUUCUACAUCAAAUCAUUCGCGCAACUCGGUCUCAUUGGGCAAAACUGGCCCGACAUCUACCUGAGGAUUGGCCGCUGCCCACAUUGCUUAGCCAGUCGUUGGAGCCCAAGUCCGCGGUGUAUGAUAAGAGAAGCACUCACGGAUGGAUCCAAAGCAUAUUGGCCAUGCAUAUUCUCACUCAAGGCAUUGUUCGAUACGUACGGGAAUGGUAUUUGAAACGCGAAAAGUACAAUACGGCGUCUGGCUUGAGCGACCCUGAAGCAGCGAAAUCGCCCUCCCUCGGCAGCUCCUCUGGAUCGGUAGGACCUGGCAUCAACAGCUCUCAAACGGCAGAGUCGAGCAAUGACGCAAACCAAACAGGAGGCGAUGCUGAAGCUGGUGUGACCCAUCCCCCGCCGACGACGACAACCAUGACCACGACGAAGAAACGGCGGAAGCAAAAUGCGCAAGUCCGAUUGCAACAGCCAUUAUGGGCUGCUGUCGCUAGUACUAAAAUUGUGGUUAUGAAAGAAAUGGAGCUGUCUAAAUCAGUUCCUGCAGAUUCGAGGACUAAUAUUCACACUAAUGAAGGCGCGGCAUUUGAGAAAAAGGAUGGCCAAAUAUGGAUAUCGUAUAUUGGCAGCGACGAAGUGUGCUUCAACACUAGUUAUUUUCCGGAUUCUAAACCAGACAUGGUGCAGGAAACGACCCGGCCCAACGGGCAUUCAAAGGCAACGCCGGCAGGGGUCGACUCAUCCAAACCAUUUUACGUCAGGAUAAACAACGCAUAUUGGCAACCAACACGUAUAUUUCCAAUCAAGGAGGCGGUGGAGGACAAUAUUGACACAAAGGAUGGCAAAGACGACAGGGAAGAGAGGCGCAUUCGUUGGACCGGAGACAUCUAUGGACUACGACCGGCCUCAAAAUACGUCUGUGAGUUUGUUGACGCGAUAACCGGUACCAUCAUCUUUUCCACCAGCAUACGCACUGUAAAGGAACCUCUUCGAGAAGACGACCCCAUAUCACCAGUUUUCCCACCGAGUCAACAGCCCCUCCGACCAGAUUCUCCGGCAACAAUCUUGCGAACGUCCAUUGGCGCAUCGGAGGGGAAGCUUGCCGAAGAGAAGUCUCGUCUUCGGACCCUACGGAAAGAUUUGAAAACCAAGGUCAACGCGGUGAGAAAGGAAAACGAGCUUGUCGACAACCAGCUUUCCUCGGCCGGCAACAGCGACGAAAAGCACAAGCAAAAGAUUCGCCAGCAGGAGACUCAAAAGGCUCAGGCCGAGCGUGACACUGAAAACUUGGGCGACGAGCUGAAAAACUUUGACACGGCACCGGAGCUCUCUGAUCGCAAGAGGAAUGCAGAGAAGGCUUACACCACUGAAAAGAAGCUGUAUGAUUUGGACCAAAAAGAGUUUAAGAAGCACAAGUCUGCUCUGGACGGAGAAGUGAAAGGCAAAGACCUCGAAAUGUCCAACCUGAAUACUCGACGCAACAAGAUAGCUACUCGCAUCGCCAAGGUGGAAACUGAGCUAGACAACAUUACAGACGCAAACAAUAGGGGCCUUGGCGAAGCGGAGCGUCGUAACCAGCAGCGGGCUAUUUGGCUUGGUAACAUUCGCUCGAUAGAAAACAACUAUAACGACCGCGUUACCGACGUCCUCAACAGAAACGCCGCUAAAACGGAAGAAUACCGGCUUCUACAGACACAGUUGCACGCUGUUACCAUGUACAUGAAUACGGCGAACGGCAUACCGGUGGACGACGGGAGCGGGAGCGGUACGGGAGAGUUGGGUCGUGGGGUGUUUCCGCAGCAGCAGCCGUGGAAUCCGAAUCCUGCUGUUCAGCCGCAUUAUCCAAGGGGGAUGUGGACGGGCUCUUCCAGCGAUCUGGUUCUUCCUGUGACUGCACCAUCGGCACAGCCGGGUGGUUCGGCAUGGGUGCCUCCUCCUACCGCUCCUCCGUUCGAGCCUCGUGGAGUCAAGUCUAGAGGCCGCAGCUCCAGCAUGCUCAGUGAUGUGAGUGGUUUUACGGAGCCAAGCGAUGAGGGCUCUAUGAAAUCACCACCGACGACAUGGCGCACGUCCUCCAACCUUUCUCGAGAUAGCGACGCCGCCGAGACGCUCGAAAUCCGACUCCAAGAACUCACCAAUAUCCUUAGCGACGAGAGUCGGCGUCCCCUCCCUCAUCCGUGCAUUCAGUACGCCUCCAUCAAACAAAUCUACGUCCCUAUCGGCAAGAUUGCCACGACCUCCUAUAACGAAUGGAUCAUCAAGGAAGCUGUCCUGUUCUUUGCGACCCUCAUCGAAAGCGAAGAAGAGGCAUUUGUUGAAAACCCCACGUUUUCUGCUAGCUUGACCAAUUUGCUUGUCCGAAUCACCGGAGUCAAUAGCGUGCGACUCGGCCUGGAUACCGAAUCUCGCGUUGUCGAACUAGCCUUUAACAUCACCACCAAGAUUCGACUCGACCCGACGAUACUGCCCGCCUGGUUUAAAACGCCACAACCUGCGACAGGCGGCUAUGGCGACCGGGAUCGGGAUCUUGAUGAGCGGGAACGGUUUGCUGGUCGAACACAACGAGUGGACUUUCCGUUGUUUUAUAUACUGAUGGACUAUAUUCAUCAUGAAGGAAAAGUGGGAGAUUUUGCGCGAACUGGGCUGUUGUACAUUAUUGAGGCCGCUUCGAGCUCGGCAGCUUUGGAGCAGUGGAUCGUGGAGAGUGAUUUGUCUACGCUUAUGGCUACUGGUCUCGGUGCCUUGUAUAGCCAGUUGAGUCGAAAGCUGGUCAUUGAUCACUUGCCCCAUGAUUUGCCGCCGAUUCUGGCCUUGUCAGACUACGAGCACCCGACGUCCAAUUACGAAAUUAUCAGCUCAUGCUCGCCGGAGUUCCAGUCGCAUUUGGAGACGUUUUUGUCCCAUUUGCUGUUUUGGCAGGAUGUCUUGAAUCAUUGUCGGUCGGUGGAGGUGAAGUCUACUUUGCUUGAGCACUUUCAAGUCAUCUUCCUCCAGCAGUUGCUCUACCCUUCCCUACUCGAGUCUUCCGAUAUCGAUGGAGGUUCAUCUGUUGCUGUGUUGACCUACCUACGCCGGAUCCUAGAAUCCCUAGAUCACCCUGAUAUGAUAAACCUUAUCCUUCACUAUCUGCUGGCUCUACCGGAUGCUGCGCCGCCUAAUAAGAAGCCUCCACCAUCAUUAGUCAGUGAUGCUCGCAGGCGAAAGUCAAUGGACCUGACAAAGAUGAUGGCGGAGAAGGCAGAGGAGCCAGCAACGCCUCUUCUUUUCAACCUGGUUGACCUAAUUUUGUCCUGCUUGAGAUCAAGAAAUCAGCAAACCAUUCACGUUACCCUGCAACUUGUGUCUGCCAUCUUGAAGAGACACCACCGUUAUGCUGUGUUCACUCUUCUAAGAACAGAUGUGCUCCCGAGCCAAACCGAUCGCCGUACUGUCGGUGCGCACGAGCAAGAGAUUGACUAUCUUGUGUCCCUUGCUGGUUCAAUAGGCGGCAGAACCAACUUUGAUGAGAUGUAUGCGGGCAUUUUGAAGGACACAAUGGCGCGACUAGAGAGCCAUUCUUGUUCGCUGAGGUUGGUUGCGCCGAGAGUCUCGAUAAAUAACCACAAACUACCAGAGUUACCGGAUAGCCUACCAGGAGCACCGCGUGAUGUUCGCGAACACACCCUUCGCCCGGAUGAUCCUCUACUCAACGUCAUCUUGGAUCUCCUGGAAACAUUUUUUGUCAACUCUGUGGAGACGAAUUUAUCAGUAACUGAAACAGUUGUUGAUCUCGCCAUUUGCGGAUAUAUGAGCGUCGAGGGUUGGCUGGCCCGCAAUCCCGUUACCUAUACCUACGCGGAUGACGAGGAAGAGCUGGAGCAUGGUUAUGAAACAUCUGUGGCAAGCGAGACGGCCGAAGCGCCACUACAAACUAUAGACAGUGCAUUGAGCGACUCGUUUGACGAGGCUCAGCGCAUGAAGAGCAUGGAGCGCUGCAGAAGUGUACCCAGAUGGAGAGAAGCUUCUCUCCCGCGCGUUCUUCACGUGCUAAAGCACCUUUGCGACCAGGUUUCAAGUUAUAAACAAACUAUACCGAGAUUUGACGAACUUCUCGAGCAAAGGCGGGACGCUUUCCAAACGGCCGAAUCUAUGCUCGACAAUCCUCCCCAACCUGUGAGGAAAGCAUCACCAAUGGGACCAGGAACCCCUGAACGUCCCAGUCUAGACGAGACACUACGGACUGGAUCUCCAUCACGGCCAUCAGCCCUGGAAGGAUUCGCGCAGCGUCUUCUCUCAGAACUAGGAACGCCAAGCAGGUCCGCUAGUCCCAAGGGACGCAAAGAGCAGACCCGAAGCUCGGGGGCGUCAACGCCGGGCGCUGAGCCCAGAGGACCAGAGUUGAUGACACCGAAAGCCAUUCGUGUUCCCCCGAAGGAGUUCCCCAUGAACUACAACGAUCCCGCCAAGAGCGGAACGCGAAAUUUCUCCCCGGGAAGUAUGCGGCCGGAUAUUGGCCCUUCGCCAGAGGAGCGAGACCUCGUCGCGGAAAGUCAAGCGUCUGCGUUUGCGGCCAUCGACCAGAGUAUUUUAUCUAGGCGGGUAGGAUUGCCUGAUGAACAGCUGAAGCCCAUUCCGCUGGAUUUGACUAAGAAGGUGGAAGCCACCAAGAUUGAGGAGGCGGCUGGCCUCGAAGAAAGAGAAGAGACGCCCCUCGAUGUUGUUGCAGAGGUGGAUGUCGAAACGCCUGGGGAGAUGACGGUUUCGGUGUCACAUAUCCUGACGAAUGUUAUUAUUUUUCAGAGUUUCUUGCUUGAGCUGGCUAGUUUGAUGCAGGUUCGGGCGGGAUUAUUUGAUGAGGUGCGGUAUGUGUAG